ACCUCCGAAAGCGUCGCAGUCCUUCAGAAAACUCGACCAAACAAAUUGAUUUUUCUCCCAAAUAUAAAAAAUAAUAAUAACGUACACCAGUAGGCGUUUUACACGGCAAACGACAAACAGCUAAGCGUUUUUUCUUAAAGAGAUCGAUCAAUCAAGAUGACAACUUCGCAGGUUGACCAGAAGCGUGCCCAAAUUAAGCUAAAACAUGAUUUGGAACCAUUUCGCAAUGCCAUUGUUGGUGCUUAUGGCGUUCUCACCUGGGAAAAGCAAUACUAUGCCGGCAUUGUCUUUGGUGCCAUCAGUUUCUUGUAUCUGUUGCUGUGGUACCUAGACUUGUCAUUCAUAACGCUCUUCUCACUGCUGACAUUGCUAGCAUUUUUCAUGGACUUUGUGCUGCCAAUGGUGUCGCGUCUAGUUUGCAGCGGUGGCAAAUGGGAUGGCGAACAAGAGGCGAAGUUCGAGGAAGUCUGUGGCCAGUUGUAUAAUAUUAAAUCGCGGAUCGGGGAGUGGUACGAUUAUCUAUUCAAGGAGCGCAAGCCGACAUUGGUUGUCAUAGUCAUUAGCUUGGGAUUGUUAAUUUUGGCCUGGAUUGGUGCUAUCAUCAACAAUCUGUUGCUCAUGUAUUGCGCCACUGUACUCGUUGCCUUGUGGCCCGGCCUGAAUGAAAAGGACGUGUUCAAAUCCAUCAUACAGAAGGCUUCCAAAAUAGUCAAUGAUAAAAUCCAAUAUGGCAAGAAAAAGCUGCAGUAAAUUUAUGGCAUUAUACCUUACGCAUUUUUAAAUAUGUAAUACAACCACAAAACCACGCAUUCACCACAUUUGACCAAAAAAAAAAGAAAGAAACAUAUAUAAAUAACUAAGUCAUCAACUUGCCAUUACUAUAUUCAUAACAAUUACAUUUAGUAAUCAUCUUAAAUGAAAGCAAAGUAUACUAUAUGCGCAUAUAUUGAAAGUAUUAUCAUUAACCACUCACCCAAUCAACUUUGUUGUAAAACCAUGACUUUUAAACAUAAGAUAUUUUCAAUUCCUAUACGUCUUAUAAUAUAACAUAUUGUGUGUGUAGUAUGGGACCCUAAGAAUCUCAAAGAACAAGAAAAAAGACAAAUUUGUGAUUAAUUUUUGUGAGUUAGAUGAAAUUUAAUGAUAAUCCCGCAUAAGUAUACAAAAGCUUAGGCGUCGUCAACCGAUCGAUCGAUACCAACAUAUUUAAAUAAAGUUUUCAAUUGAAGUAAACUAAA